ACUUCUUACAUCAUGGAAUUUACUGAAAUAUUGAAAGUAUACUUAUAAUAUAUAUUAUGAUAAGUAAUCUCUUAAUUGGUGAAUAAAUAAUUCCUUAGAAAGUAUUUCUUAAAUUUACGAUCGAUUGAAAGGCAAUAUGAGAAAAGUGCUGAGUAAAUAUAGUCUCACAAAAUUACCACGCUCGUGGCUGCCGCAGAAACCAUAUGGAUUCUGUUGCGAGGAGAAGGAUCAGGAUCCUGAGAAACGCUAUGAUAUGCGAAAGCCGCCGUUUGCGUCAUCCUUGAUGAAUGUCGUUCUGGGCAGCGGUGGACCAGGAGUGAAAUUUUGCGUACAGGACAUCGGUCCGCUGCCGUAUCCCAUUCAACGUAAACUUCUCGAGGCUAAAGAUAGAGCUUAUUUGGGACGGUGCAGACGAUGCCGGGGUCCCCUACAAUGGACCCUAGAGGAUGAAGUCGAACUCGCGCGCGAAUUCCUCGCCAAGGAGAAACGUGACAAUUACAAUGCAACUAUCAAAAGGAAUUUAAUGAUCGCUAAACGAAAGGCCAAAGCACGCAGUCGUAAAAAAAGGAAUUUGAAGAUUGACUUCUGAAGUUAAAAGAACACAAUUCGAGAAAUAAUUUAUAUAUUCUUCGAAGAAAAAUCCAGUAUAUACUACAGCGCUGUAACAAAAUAUUUU